GACAGACUAGCUGCUGCUGCUGGAGAAAUAUUCUCCGAGUUUGAAAAAACCAUCGUCCAGUACCAGGAGGAGAUCGAUCGUCAGCGCAGACUGCUGGAUGUCAUCUGGAAACCACACAUCCCUUACAGCCCAUAGAGCUCCCACAGUCUUAUGUCUGUGAGAAUGAGAAGACUGUCGUUGACCAUCAGCCCCAUGACCAGGAGAGAAACUCCAUGGUGGACCAUGAGGACCCAGAGCCUCCACGGAUUAAAGACCAGCAGGAGGAACUCUGCACCAGUCAGGACCAAUCAAACCCAGAGAUUUCUCAAAUUAAAAUGGAACAGGAAGAAUUGUGCACCAGUCUGGACCAAUUAAACCCAGGGUUACCACAAAUUAAAGUGGAACAGGAUGAACUCUGCUCCAGUCAGGAGGAAGAGUUAAUUGGAUUGAAACAGGAGACUGAUACCUUUGAGGUGACUCCUGCUGAUGAGGAAAGUGACCACAGUGAACCAAAACCAAACAGUGAUCAGCUCCUGUUUCACAUCUCUUGUGUAGCUGAGAGCCCAGAUCAGGAAGGAAGCAAGGAUGUAGACUCAGGAUCAACUAGAUGUAUCGAGCAGAAACCAAGACAUCAGAGUAACAACAGUCACAGUAAUGAUGUAGACAAUGCUCCAACAUCAGCGAGACAGUGUGAUAAUGACAAGGCAAGAAAAUCUGCAACUUGCAAAGUCUGUGGAAAAGCUUUUUGUUGUAAAUCAGAUUUAAUCAAACAUCACAGAACCCACACAGGUGAGAAGCCAUAUUCUUGUGGAACCUGUGAAAAAAGCUUUCGUCAACGGACCUCUUUGACUGAACACAUGAAAUGUCACACAGGUGAGAAACCAUAUGUUUGUCACAUUUGUGGAAAAAGAUUUUCUAGUUCAUCAGCACAUAAUAGGCACAUGGCAGUUCACAAAAUGGGAAAACCAUAUUCCUGUGGAACCUGUGGUAAAAGCUUUAGUCGACAGGAUCAUUUGACUGUCCACAUGAGAUGUCACACAGGUGAGAAGCCAUAUUCUUGUGGAACCUGUGGAAAAAGCUUUAAACAUAAUUAUCAAUUAAAAGCCCACAUGAGAAUCCACACAGCUGAGAAGUCCUGAUCCUGAAACAUCUGUGGAAAACAUAAUGUCAGAAUUAAGGUUGAAACAACAUGUAAGAAUUGGUACAGGUUAAAAGUAGAUGUUUUAGAUUUAAAGCAGCUUUAGUCUGUGCUUCAACAACAACUGUGAGGAAGUAUGUAAGCAAUCCUUGAUGAUUAGACCAGAUGGAGUCUGGACUGUGGUGGUGGAGCAGCAGGCAGAAGAACCAAACUGAAUGUCUGGAUGGAUAUGGUAUUGGUACAGACUGCUACAUUUCUGCUAUCAUGACAUCCUUCAUCAGCAGAGCAGUGAUUGGAGAUAAUGUGAAGCUGUUUGGAACAUUUUCACAUCCUGCUGAGAGAACAUGGCUGUUCAGGUGUGAACAUACUGCUGGAAUCCACUCAGCUUGAGCUCUGCUGUCUUUCAAGUAAAAGGAGGCAAUGAGAUACAGAGACAUUGUGACAGUAGGACACAACAGAGUGUGUCACUGCAGCAGAGGAGAUCUGGACGUGAAAUAAAGUUGUAAUAAAACGUCUACAGCUCCAUGACUGCUUCAUGAAAUGUUUGAAUGUUUUCAAACAGAUGAAAAUUUACAAGUUGUUUCAUAAUGAAUGUAACAUUGAAGAUCCCCAGCAAGAAUAACUCUGAGUCAGAUAUCAAAGACAUAACCAACAUUAUUAUGUUUUCAAGCAACAGACAUGUGGUUUUACUAGUAGUAGCUGAUACACUCCUGCAAAUGUUAAAAACAGGUGAAGCUGUGCUGCAGUUUCUGCUGGUUGGAUAAAGGUCUUAUGCUAUUUAUUUCUUCUAUUGUCACCACAUAGGUCAUCUGUGUGAUUUGUUCGUAGGAUCUCAUUGUGUCGUCAUACAGCACAUUGAACCCUUGUAUUGUCUGAACGUCCUGAACACUCCUCCUGUCCUCAGGGUCAGAAAUGACCUGCCUCCACUGAGCCUCUAAAAUAGAGCAGCUUAAUGGAAUUUUUAACCAAAAAUCUAUUUUACAUGAAGAAACAACCUGUCAUGCAUCACACACUUUGUGAAUGCCUGUUUUUGCUUCCUCAGAGGGUAGAAAGACUGUAUUUAAUCAGUGAACACCAUUCGUUUUUAUACCAUUGUUCAUGCUGUAACUGUUUUCUUUCUAUAAGUAGAGGUUUAUUAUCACUAUUAUUGCUGCUAAAGGUACUGCAUAGGUGUAAACAUUUCUUGUUUUGCAAGAGAUAAUACUUCUAUAGCCUAAUAAAGUACCAGAAAUGUGCAGAAAUGAACUUGAAAUGAAUUUUUGAAGGGAAACAACAGUGUACUGUAUACUGUACAAUGGAAUAUAAAACUACAAAACUCAACUACCA